AAAAAUUUUGAGAAGAAAACGAAGAAAAGUUUCACCAAAAAUUUAUUCAAAAUAAAAAAAUAAUUCCGUCUAAAAUCAGAAACAAUUAUCUGUUUUUCGUUACGAUUUGCUUUUAACAUGUAAAAAAUUUGCAAUGAAUUUAUCAUCGCUGUCAUCCAUUGUGUAGCGAUAAUUUUAAUAAAAAAAAAAAAAAGAUUUUUACCAACAUUUUUUCUUAAGCAAUUGUUUUCAUUUUUUUUUAUUUUUUUUCGGUAAAAUUCAUUACAAUAAAACAACCAAAAAUUUGGCUUUGUUUUCGGCAGUGAGUGUGUUUUGCGAAAUUUUUGGACACAAUUUUUUUUGUUUCUUUUUUCUUAUAAAUUUGAUAAAAAUAUAUAUAUAAUUAUUUUUGGUUUACCAAAAAAAAAAAUAAAGAAAAAAAGGAAAAAAUUUAAGAAGCAUCUGUUUAUUGAAAGCGCUGCUGCUUGUUGCUCACUUUUCUUUAGAUGAAAAAUAUUUUGUCAACUGUUUUGUGUGAAAUGAGAAGUGAUUUUAAAGAUAGUCAUCAAGAAACCAUCAAUAAAAUGAUACAAUUUGGUACCGUCAAGUAUGGUAUUGUUAAGCAAUUAAAAGAUCGGGCUAAAAGUACAGAUAAAGAUAACGUUAGUGAUCAGGAAGAAAAUGGCGCUUGUUCGCCCAUAGCUGCUGUACCUGCAGUGAACGAUGAAAACUCACGUAAUGACAAUAUAACCGAUUUAACUUGUGCUGAAGAAAACCUCAAUGAUAAUUCCGCAGAAGCUAAUGUCAACAGUGAUAUACAGUGUUCUUCGCUUGAUGCCCCCGAAAAUCAAAACCACGUCAAUAACAUUGUAAUGUCUGAGGUUGAACAGCAGCUACUGCAAGUGCAAUCUCCUAAAUCCGAACCAGAAUAUAACGAAAUAAGUGCUGUUACACAACAACAGCGAUCUUCAGACAUAGAUUCUAGUUUAAACGUGAAACCUUCUUCCCCCAUCAUAUCUGAUUUGCAUAAAUGCAAAGAGCCUUUGAAUAAGCUUCAAGGCAGUAGUGAAGAAUUAGCUGAAUUGCAAGCUCAAGAUACUGAAGCCGACGUCAUGUGUCAUACAAGAACGUCUACUCAGGCACAAGAUGCGACUGAAAAGACUUCCGCGGAACAAGUCGAAGACGAGGAUAUAUCGGAUAAUCGUGAUAAAUUAGAAAGCAAGGAUACUGAAGUAGACGCUCCUCAAAGUGACACGUCUCCUAGUACGCCAUCUUUACAAGCCAAUUUACCUGCUGGAUUGCCACCGCAAUUUGGUGCUACGCCAGUUACAUUAGAAGCUAUCCAGAAUAUGCAAAUGGCCAUUGCUCAGUUCGCUGCCAAAACUAUUGCAAAUGGGGCUUCUGGUCAAGACAAUGAAGCGGCCAUGAAGCAGUUGGCUUUCCUGCAACAGACUUUAUUUAAUUUGCAACAACAGCAAUUAUUUCAAAUUCAGUUAAUUCAACAGUUGCAAUCACAGUUGGCGAUGAACCAAAGUAAGGGGAGUGAAAAUGUUGCGGAUGAAGUAGAUGAUGAAGAGGAAGAGGAGCGUGAAAAUGGGGAAGAAGACACCUACGAAGAAGAAGAGCGUAUCGCUCAACUGGAAUUGCGUCAAAAGGCCGAGGCUCGUAUGGCGGAAGAUAAAGCGCGACAGCAUUUGAUUAAUGCUGGAAUUCCAUUAGAAUCCCUAAAACGUAAGCGUGAAAUUGAUGGCGAAGUGCAAGAUGACGAGAGACCUGCAAAUCGCCGCAUAAGUAUUGACGGCAAUAUUAAAAGUGUAGGGUCUACUAUGGACUCUUUAAUGAAAUUUAAGGAUAUCGAAAACCGGCCUUUGCCGUUUGGUUCGGAUUUAGCUUCAUCCAUUAUUACGAAUCAUGAUGACUUACCUGAACCGAACUCCUUGGAAAUGCUGCAGAAGAGAGCUCAGGAAGUUUUAGACUCGGCGUCACAAGGCAUCCUGGCCAAUAAUAUGGCUGAUGAUUUUGCUUUCAAAGAUAAAAAUGGUGAUGGUAAAAAUCGUAAUGAACCGUUUUUCAAACAUAGAUGUCGCUACUGUGGUAAAGUUUUCGGGUCCGACUCAGCUCUGCAAAUUCAUAUACGUUCCCAUACCGGCGAGAGGCCGUUCAAGUGCAAUGUUUGUGGUAGUCGCUUUACCACCAAAGGCAAUCUGAAAGUUCAUUUCCAGAGACAUGCUCAUAAAUUUCCCCAUGUUCCCAUGAACGCUACUCCUAUACCGGAACACUUAGAUAAAUUUCAUCCCCCUCUGCUAGACCAAAUGUCGCCGGAUAGUUCGCCAUCUCAUACACCAGCAGCUAUGCCACAACAAAUGCCCAGUCAAGUGCCCCCAGUAUCUUUGCCGCUUACCUUUCCAAGUUCAUCAAGUACAUUUCCAAGCCUACCGGGUCUGUAUAGACCGCCAAUGGAAAUCCUUAAGUCGUUAAGUUCUACAGGUACGUCGGGAUUUCACAAUCCAUUUUUUCCUCAAAUACCACCAAGCCUCAGUGAAGGAAGUGCGGUAGCUGCAGCAGCUGUGCAAGCUCAGGCUGCGGCCCAAGCUGCACUACGUAAAAAUCUUCAAGAAACACCCACUGAUUUAAGUAAGACUUUAGCGCCUAAGUCGCCCGAAUUGGCUAAAGUUAAAACAGAAGCUUUGACUGAGAAAGAAGACAACGCAGAAAAAAGUGACUCACAAGCUGAUAUGGAAGUGGAAGAUGAUAAGUCGCCUUCUUUGGCAGUGAAAAUAAAGGAAGAAAAAAUAGAGUGCGAAACGGAAAGUCCGAAAAAUGACCAAAUAAUUAGUCCCCGACCUGCCUCAACUGUAUGUCCCUUAGAAGAAAUAAGUUCUCAUGUACCUAAUACCCCGCCUACAUCCAUCACUAAAUCACAAUCCUUGCCGCCGGUAGUGCAACCUAUACAGCCGCCUACAAUUAUGCAUCCUCAACCAUCGCCGGGAUCACACAAUCACUUAGAUCAUCUACCUACGCCAGGCCAAUUACCUCCAUCAAUGCAUCAUAGAGACGAUUUCUUUAUAGAGAGAUUUCCAUUAAAUUUUACAAAGACUCUGUCACCGGAAAGGCAUUCGCCCAUAAGAUCACCUGCUCACAUGCCUCGGGCGCCUUUCUUCAAUCCCAUGAAACCUCAUGAUAUGGCUUUACUACCACGCCCGCAUAGCAAUGAUAAUUCUUGGGAGAACUUUAUUGAAAUUUCCAAUUCUUCGGAAACAAUGAAGCUGAAAGAAUUAAUGAAGAACAAAAAAAUCACGGAUCCCAACCAAUGUGUGGUAUGUGAUCGGGUCCUCUCAUGUAAGAGUGCGCUGCAAAUGCAUUAUCGCACUCACACUGGCGAAAGACCUUUUAAAUGCCGUAUUUGUGGGCGAGCCUUUACAACAAAAGGCAACUUAAAGACUCACAUGGCUGUGCAUAAAAUAAGGCCCCCUAUGCGUAAUUUUCAUCAGUGUCCCGUGUGUCACAAGAAAUACUCGAAUGCACUGGUUUUACAGCAACAUAUACGUUUGCACACGGGGGAGCCAACUGAUUUGACUCCCGAACAAAUACAAGCAGCGGAAAUUCGCGAUCCUCCACCCUCAAUGAUGCCUGGAGCUUUCAUGAAUCCUUUUGCGGCGGCUGCAUUUCAUUUUGGCAUGCCGGGACCUCCAGGUCUGGCACCAAUGGGUGUACCCCACAAUGGCACCUUAGGUUCUGAAUCGUCGCAAGGUGACAUGGAUGAUCAAAUGGAUUGCGAAAAUGAUUUUGAUGACGACAUCUCCUCGGAGCAUAUGUCCAAUAGUAACGAUAUGGAGAGCAGUGAAAGACCGAAAUCAGGAGACGAUUUCAAAGGCUUAUUAUUUGAGCAAAAGCUGAGAAUUGAUUCGGCAGGCGUGGUAAAUACAAAUCCUAGACCACAUUCAGUCACCAGCGAGGCAAAUUCAGUUAGUUCUGCUUCAACUAGCCCCAACAAUGCAAUGAGUAAACAUCCGGUUUCGUUAAGGUCAAGUUCACCGGUGCGAUCAGCUCUUGAAAGUUCACAUGGAGCUUUAGACUUGACACCACGUCCGGGACCUUCUUCAGCUAAUAGCAGCAUUACUGCACGCUCGCCGUUACCUGCAAUGACUAACAAACGGUCUCCUUCGCCACUUACUAGCAGCAAUGUUAAGAGUCCCAAAUUGCCACAAAUUAGUCCCACGACAAUGCCUCCCACCGGUGCAGUUGAUUGUUUACCACCUAGCUUACAUCAUCACCUACAACAACAACAUCAUCUAAUUCAACAGCAAGCUGCUUUAGCUGCUGCCCAACAUCAUCAACAAAUGCAACAUAACGCUGUUGUGGCCAUGCAUCAAGAACAAAUGCGUCGUGAGGCAGCUCAAGCUCAUGCUCAUGCUCAUCACGCUCACGCUCAUGCUCAUGCGCAAGCGCAAGUACAGCAAUCGAUACAAUCUCCUCGUCAAACACCUGUUAAUAUAGUAACGUCAGUACAAUCAACACCGCAACAAAAUCAACAACAGCCAGUGAACGUAACAACGGCAUCACCUCAGGCCCCGCAACCACCAAAUCCAUUAUUAGCCGCGCCACGACCGCCAUUUGGCAUGUUUCCCAAUCUCCCGCUGUUUCCACCGGCUUCUACGCAGAAUAUGUGCACAGCGAUGAACACGAUAGCGCAGUCUGUUAUGCCAGCGUCACCAUUCAAUCCUCUAGCACUACCAGGCGUUAGAGGUAGCACUACCUGCGGCAUUUGCUAUAAAACAUUCCCCUGCCAUUCAGCCUUGGAAAUCCAUUAUAGAAGUCACACCAAGGAAAGACCAUUCAAAUGUAACAUCUGUGAUCGUGGCUUUACUACUAAGGGCAAUCUUAAGCAGCACAUGCUGACCCAUAAGAUACGUGACAUGGAACAAGAAACUUUUCGUAAUAGAGCAGUGAAGUAUAUGAGUGGUGGCUGUAAAGAAGAUUGAAAGCAACUUUGCUGUCCGUGCUGCCCUAAAAAUUAAGUAAGUCUCUCGGUUGUAAUCAAACUGCAGUUUGUAGAUAAAGAUAGCACUUACAUAGAGAAAACAAUUUGCUGCUUAUUUGAGAGUUCGAAUUUGAGAAGAAAAUGGCUCGUUUAAGACCACAAUAACUAACAAUUUUUAAUAUUGUCUCGUAUGAUACAAAUGUUUCGUUCUGGUAAAAUUAAACAUUUUUCAAGGUUUUUCAAAACUCAAAACUUUACCCACCAUUGGCUAAAGAUUUGGAAUAUCGGAUAAAGCGGUUGCCAUUGCGUGCAUUUUGUGUGUAUCCGAUCGGCUUUAUUUUGGGGUAAUAUUGUAGAAUUGUAUUAGAAUGAAACAUUUGAUAAAUCAUGAUACAUUGUUGGUUAACAAAGUCAAAAGAUUUGACAUACUCUCCAUUUAGAAUAACUCUCGCAUUAAAAUGAUCUCACCCGCUCAUCAUUAAAGCAUAAAAGAGAAGAACAAAUAUUGUUGUUCUUAAAUCAACUUUAAGCAUAUUGCAGCAUAUGCCAAAAUAAGCAUUUAAACGAAUACACUCAGACAAUUAAAAUGCAAUGUGAAGCCGAUUAGUAAAGAACUAAAACAAAAUUUAUUGCAUAAAAUAGAUAAUUAUCGACAAAAGGUCAGACUUGUCUAAUAUUUAAUUUUCUUCUUCAUAAACUCAGGCAGCCUUUACUUUUGAGAAAACAUUCAUAGGAAUUGUUUCAAAGUCUUGGAUGAUCAAAGCGACCGUUGUUAUCUGUUUACGAAAAUCACAUUCUAUCUAGAUUUACUUGAUAGUAAACGAAUUAAUCUGCUUCCCAACAGAGUUGUAAGGUUCGGCCACGAGUUAGAUAGACCAGCCACGAACCAUGUUGAAUGCUAUAGCAUCAAAUCGGAGUGUCAGAAGUUGAAAAAAUAAAAUAAGCUCAAGUUAAUAGCGAUGCUUCCUAACGGAAACGUUUUUAUUAUACUUAUCACCGAAAGAUCAUUUGAUAAAAACGUUUGCAACGGCCAGAAGAAGGCUUCAGCAAGUAUAAAAUUCUGUAUCGAUCUAAGCAUAUCCCUCUAUCCUUUCGUCUGUUUUUUUGUGUUGUGUAAUGUCUGCUAUAAACAUGCCAAAAUCGAGCUAUGUACUUGGAGUUUGGCAGAAAUAGCAGCUUGUGCACGCAGGUUGAUACUGAAAGUGGCCCAAGCCAGGCGAAGGGCAAGCUUACAGUACCUCCUAAACUGAGAAUAUAUCUUUUUUUUUUCGAAAGAAGUAAAAAUUUGACUUUCUUCCCUUAUGUCGCCUACAACUUAGUAGAAGAAUUUUAAUGCGAUCUAAGCUUUUCAUCGGGUAUCUACAACGCCCACACGCCUAAGCAACCAAAGCUGUGAACAUCAUUCCUGUCCAAAUGGCAUACAAAAUCUCCGCUAUAGUAUAAAAUAUGAAAAUUUAGUCUAAUCAUAACCGAAUAGGAUUGUCUUACUUGUUUUAUUAUUCACCCGUUCAACUGCAAAAUCUAUACAGAUCGACGUUGUUCUACUGUUCAAGAAGUAUUGAGCUCUCGGCCAACAGGGGGUGGAUAAAAUUCGGUCUUUCACAACGAAUUGUGGAACAAUUUUUUGCAAUACAAAAACUGUGGGUAAAAAAAGCAUAUUGCGAGUUCCAUAGUAGUAGGGAAAUAGAAAGCUUCUACAUUUAUUAUAGCGAACCGGAUGAAAACGGAAAAAACUUUAAAAUUUAUUACCUUUAAACCAAUUUUUGCCAAUUGAGGUAUAAAUUAUAGUAACUUUUAAAGCCGUGCGAAAAAGGUUACGAUUUUUUUCCAAUGAUCCCUUUGCCCUUCCCCCUCCAUAGGUUUUGCCAUCAUCUUUCGCCGACAAUGAAAGCAUCUCUUAAGGACGGAUUGAAACAUUGGGACUUGUGAACAUAGGUUUUGAAGGAAUCGAUUUAUUGAAAAUGAUUUGCGAUCGCGGGCCCUACACUCUUAACAAACUUUAGUUAGUGAGGUGGAAAAGGGUUUUUUCUUAACACGCGCUUCAUUUGAACUAAACCAUAAGGCGUCUUCUUAGGCAACUAAUCUAAUCUAUAACGAAAACUGUCUGACACGAAGUAAGUUUCGCUGGCGAAGCUGCAAUUUUUUUUUAAUUAUCAAAAGUUGAACACAAUUAGAUUAACAUGUAUAUAUAUACACUCAGAUCCC